CGCUUCCGUCCCGCCUCCGCGCCCUGCCGCCCCGCCGGCGCCGCCCUACCGCCCCUCCAUCACCGCCUCCAUCCGUCCAUCGACCUCCGGCGCACACUUCGGCGACCCCGCCGAGUUCACCGGCUGCGCCGAUUCCGCCGAGCCAGACGCCGCCUCCUUCAUCUCCUCCAUUCGCUGAGUGCGUCGACUCCAGCGCCGCGCUCGUCGAUCCCGCCGCCGCCGACUUCGCCGAAUCUGGUUAUUCCGCCGCCGCCCCCGCCAUGGACGCCGGUGCCUUUGCUGGCGACGUUCCAGCUGGCCGGAGACGCUUGACCUUAUUUGGUGGGAACUCUCCCACCAACUGUCUGCCUGGCCUCAGCCGAGCCCACUUCGCUACACUGGGAGAAGAAGAAGAAGAAGAAGGGUGUAGCGUUGAUGAGCGUCGUGGUGGUCGAGGUCGUCGGAGACUUGGAGAUGCACAGUCUGGAGCUAGAGCUCUCAUUCGGCAAAGUGCUCUUUAUUCAGCUCGCCGGAAGCGAUCCCGAGGCAGACGAGGACAAGUAAAGGCUGAGAAGGAUGCAAGUGAGGUUAGCAGUAGUGAGCUUGGCACUACAACUACGGACAUGCCAAAAUUCAAGACACUAUCGCUGAAUGAUUCACCCUCUGCACCUGAUUCAAUUGGCAGGGAACCUGGACACGCAGAAGCUGGAAGUAAAACUCAUAUUCGACAGAGUUCUCUCUAUUCACAGCGGAAAAGGCAGCCUAGACGGAAAAGAAGAGAAGCAGACUCACUAACCUUACCGGUUAAGGAGCGUGCUGAUGAUGUGAGGAGCAGUGAUCUUGACCCUACAAACAAAGAUCUGUCAAAAGUUGACGAACUGUUGCUGGAUGAUGAACCGUAUAUACCUGGUUUAACUCACAGCAAGGGCAGUGCUGGACCUGAUUCUACAUUUGCAAAGCCAUCAGCACAUAAGGAAGCCUCACAACCGUUGUCCGAGUGGCUACAAGAACUUGAGGAUUACUUGAGAGAAAAUACAAUCAAUAGUCUUGAGGAGUUCUUUGAAUAUAUGCGUCCUCCUCAAGGUUAUCCUUCACCCGAAACUAAAGUAGUGGAGGAUGAAGCAAUGACCCAUCAACAGUCUUCACAAGAAAGAUCAAUAUUGGCACCAGAACAUGCCCAACUAGAUCCGGCCGAAGGACAAUAUGCUGAUGACUCUGACAAAGAAAUUGCUCAGAAUGGGAUGAAAUGGAUGAGUGAGGAGGCGAUGGUGGCAUUUCAAAAGUACAUUGCAGAAACAGACGAUCUGAAGGGGUACGAUUAUCGAUUUGAUGAGCUUCUCCUCCAAUGUUUCACCGUAGAACAUUAUUACAAGAUUUUUCAUCACUUCAACUUCACCGUUAAGAUGAAGGUAGCCAGUGCAACUGAAUGGACUUCAAAGCUGUACUUUGCCGAAGUCCAUGAAAUGCUUGGGGAGAAAAUUUACUUCUGCUCUCCUUUAGAGCCGGAUGAAAAUGGUAAUUGCUUUGCAUGCAAGAACCAAGGGAUGGAUGAUUUGAAGCAUCCAAUAGUCGGUGUAUUUGAUCGAGGCUCUCCAGAUCUAUCGUUCCCCUACACGUACUCGAGUGGCUCUGAUGACGAAGCUUGGCUCUAAUGAUCAUGAAGCUUAUUGAUUGAUUAGUAGCUAGUGGCGUACAUGUUAAUUUGUCCUGGAUUGAUCAGCUCCAAAGUCCAAACCUAUCAGCCUAUUUUGCAUGCUUAAGAUGAGGGGUCAUACAUGUUUAAUUCUGCCGGUGUUUACGUAAAUUUGUGAAUGCAUCGUACGUUCAUGCAUUAUAAUGAUCUAUUAUAUACUGGAGUACUCCUAAGUACACUGUAGGAGUAUAGGUUGCCUGCCUGAUCAAGUGUGUCGAAAACCUCGUAAAUGGGUGCUUUUGUAAAUUUAUCACUUGUUUUUCCUAUUUCGUAGGUACGACACUCGAAUGAGAAUUUUACAUUUUUAUGAUAUUUUUGGAAUAACGAUAAACAAGUGG